CCCCUUUUCACAGCCAAUCGGCGCCCGUCUUCGCGGCCCCGCCCCUGAGUGACAGCUUUGCCGAUCAAUGGGAGCGGCCGGUGCGAGUGCUGCGCGUCGCUGGGCCCCGAGCCGGGGUCGCAGGCCUGGGAGGGCGGAGGGGCCGUGUCACCUUGGAGUGAUAUAACCUUCCUGCCCCACAGACCCACUGGAAAUACGGGCUUAUCUACACUUCGCCUGUGGUGCCCACGCUAUCUCAGUAUAGCCCUGUGGGGAAAGGAAAGCAGCAGGCAGGCUACAGAGCAUUUUGUGCUUCAUUCAACUAGGUAUCACUUGCCCAAGAAAACAGGAUGGGUGGGAAGAAGUGGCACCAAGCUACAGAUACAGCGGUUCCAGCAGAGUUUCUUCUCUAAAGAGAAGUUCCAGCACCAAAGAGACUGAAAAGCAAACACUCCUAUUAACCAAAAUGGAAGGAGGCAACAGUCCAAAUCUGCAGCUUCAGCAGCUUCCAUUGGCCACAGCAGCGAUUUCUGUGCAGCCCCACACUGACUCUUUUUCUUACAAGGAGAACUUGAUCGGUGCGUUACUGGCUAUUUUUGGGCACCUUGUUAUCAGUAUUGCACUCAACCUCCAGAAAUACAGCCACAUCCGACUGGUAGGCUCCAAAGACCCCCGAGCCUACUUCAAAACCAAGACUUGGUGGUCUGGACUGUUUCUGCUGGUGCUGGGAGAACUGGGAGUGUUUUCCUCUUAUGCCUUUGCUCCUCUCUCGCUGAUUGUGCCACUCAGUGCAGUGUCUGUUAUAGCUAGUGCAAUCAUAGGAAUUAUAUUUAUUAAAGAAAAAUGGAAGCCCAAGGAUUUUUUGAGGCGCUAUGUUUUGUCCUUUGUAGGCUGUGGUUUGGCAAUUGUUGGAACUUAUCUGCUGAUAACAUUUGGACCUAAUAGUCAUGAGAAGAUGACAGGAGAAAAUAUCACUAGGCAUCUAGUGAGCUGGCCAUUUCUGUUGUACAUGCUUGUGGAGAUCAUCCUGUUUUGCCUACUGCUGUAUUUCUACAAGGAGAAAAAUGCAAACUACAUUGUAGUUAUUCUUCUGCUGGUAGCUUUAUUGGGUUCCAUGACUGUCGUGACUGUGAAGGCUGUGGCAGGCAUGAUCGUUGUCUCCAUACAAGGGAACUUACAGCUCGACUACCCUAUCUUUUAUAUCAUGCUGGUGUGCAUGAUUGCUACAGCGAUCUUCCAGGCAAUAUUUUUAGCUCAAGCCUCCCAGCUGUACGACUCAUCCCAGAUCGCCAGCAUCGGCUACAUCCUGUCCACAACAGUGGCAAUCACAGCAGGAGCAACUUUUUACUUGGAUUUCACUGGUGAAGAUGUUCUCCAUAUAUGUAUGUUUGCCCUUGGGUGCCUUAUAGCAUUUCUAGGUGUCUUCCUGAUCACAAGAAAUAGGAAGAGAUCUGUGCCAUUUGAACCUUACAUAUCAAUGGAUGCUAUGCCAGGCAUGCAGAACAUGCAUGAUAAAGGGAUUGCAGUUCAGCCUGACCUUAAAGCUUCUUUUUCCUAUGGUGCCCUAGAGAACAAUGACAGCAUGCCGGAAAUUUAUACUCCAGCUACAUUGCCGAUUGUGCAGGAGCAACACGGUUCCAAAGGAGUUUCUGCUCCACCUUAUCGGGUGCUGGAGCACAGCAAAAAGGACUUCCCAGAGAUGGCCAGAAGCUGAUACGAAAGGAGAAUGGACACAAGGGAACUUGUCAAGUUAAAAGGACAAAGUACAGCAUUCACUGGCACAUGUAGGUUAUGGUGGCACUGUGAUAUCAUCAUCUUCUCUAAAAGCCAUUAUUUUGCUGGGAAACGAAAUUUUAAGUCUUACAGUGCGUCUUGGACUGUGUGCAUGGUAGAGUGUCCCCAGGGCCUUAGAAGACUAUUUGAAAUGAACAGUGUUUGUGUUCUGCACAUUUUUAAGCAGUUACUCUUGACACCAGGGUGUUUGGGAGGAUCUUGAACUUGCAAUAGUGGCUUUCUGCAUUUUUUUUUUUAUUGACUUAUGGCCUGUUUAUGUUCCCACUACCAAAAAUUCCCAACAACUCCCCUGACUUGUGUAUAGCUAUGACAACAAAACUCUUCUUUCACAUACGUUUGCUUUGCCAGCUCCAAAUACUAAUUCAGUUGGGAGAUAGUUGAGAUUGCUUUGGCAUUUUUCUGCAGCUUAGAAAAAUUAUAACCUUCCCCUCACCCCCACAAAGAGUGGAUGCCUCGUGUCAGUAUGCGUACUGAUAUGUGAAGUUUCUUUACCAAUUUGGCGUGUCUGACAAGUCAGAUCUUAUCACUGGCAUCCCUGUACAGUACAGCUUCUGAAACCUUAGUAACAGCUUUUCUUUUCCCCUCAAUACUUUUUGUGUUUAAGUAAGAGAACAAUGUUAAUGGGCUAAUACUGCCAGCACAUUGUGGGUCUUGGCAGUGAUGCUGGUUUAAUACCUUUGGCUUUGCAUCCCUGGUAAUUGAUUGUUUGUGAAUUUAUGUGCAGCUUUUGUUCAGUAACACCACAAAACAAAGUAGAACAGGAGAGGCUGAAUGGGAAGGGUAUAAGAAUGCUGGCAUUUCUUCUCUCUUUCCUUUUAAUCAACGAGGCAGUGGCUGUUUUGACGUGUUAGCUCUGAAACCAGACAUAUUCUGUUUUAAAACAAGCUGUGCUAAACCAUGCAUAGCUACAAACUACUUUUUACAUGGUGAUAGUCUAUGGGUUUCAUUAUUACAGAUGUUGCUGUGGUAUAAAUUAAUCAGAAGCACCCAAUGUUUUGCUGUUGACUCCUGUGAUGUGUAACAGAAGGUCGUUUUCUUGGUUCUGAUUUUUUCACUAGUAUUUAAAAACUGCAGUUGGCUGCUGUCCAGACUUUGUAGCUGGUAAAUACUGGUCAGGUUUUUUCUCCUCAUCCUUGAACCUGAUGUUGUGAGAGGCAGACACAGAGCACUUUGCCAGGGGCAGAGCGCUGCUCUAACACUGAACCCCUGCUUGUGCUUCUCUUUCUGGGCUGCUCUCCAGCCCAGUUCUGCGAUUCUCCAAAGCCCUGCAGCCUAAGCACUGCCUGAUUACUGGCCUAACCUUCCUCCCUCCCAGAGAGCCCUCAGCUGUCUGCACGGGGCUGUCUUCCUUUCUGGCCGAAAUUUCCUCAACCCAUAACCAAGGCUUUUGCAUUAUUGUGCUGUUUUGGCCUUUUUUUUUUUUUCCCCCAAGGAUCCGUGCCUUUGGAGUCAUGCUUUGUAUAACUUUGUGUUGUCUACACAGUCUGUGCAUUUGAAUACUUCUAUUUAAUAAUGACAGUUCCCUUUAAUCGCAGCAAGACUUGCUUUUAGAAAGUUCCUGACAAAGGCCUCCAAGAUGUCUGUUUCUGCAGCACAUAUAUCACAAUAUUUUUGAUGAUGAUGUGCCCUAUCAGUAGAGCCCAAGGUGUUGUUCUUGCUGUGGACCUCUACUCGGUGCACUGAUGUUUUGAGGGUUGUGUUUGUGCCAGGCUGUGUUGUCCACCGUGAGAGUGGUUGGAAACUGCCAGGCUGCAGCUCGUUCUUGCCUGCUGCCUAUGUUCAAUACUUGAAUUUUAAAACGUGGGAGUUUUUUGUAUUUAUGUACUUCCCCCUUUCUUGCUCUUCCUCCCAAACUUGCAAAAGGUGUUAUUGCUGCUCUUCAGCACAGUCUUACAGCUUCCCUCUCACCAUGGUGCUGAGAAGGCACAAACAGGGGCUCCUUGGACCCAGACAUCUGUGUGACUGCAGGACUUCUGCAUUGUCUGACGGGGGGAGGGUACAGCUCAGGAUCAAAAUAAACUCUGUACUUCCCUUCUAGGUCAGAGCUUACAGGCCCCAAACAGGAACCUAUUUGUACCCCCACGUCUGUAUUUGUUGGUCUGAGGUGACAAUGUCCCUGCCUGGGGUUGCAGCAAACACAGCUCAACAGCACAUGAAGAUUUAAAGGAGAGGAGCCCUGUGCUACGUUCUAGUCCUUGCAGCAUGAAAAAUAACCUGCUGUUUAUAGCACUUGAAUGUGUAUGUCGGAACUUCAGUUCCUCCACAGCUGAUCCCAGAAAGGCAGGGCACUACAAACAGCAGAGUAUGCUUAGAUUUCCAAAUGCCCAGCAUUUUCAGCAUCAGGAGCUGGAAAACUGUCCACAAAAAUCAGUGGACUGCUGUUUCAUUUACUAAACUGUAGUAUAGCUCCUCAACUCUUAUCUCCUGGCUGCUUUAUUGAAUGUGAACUGACAUCUGUUACAUCCACACUGCGUGGCUUCUCAAUGCACCAGAACACUUAAUGCGUUCUCAGUGUGUAUCUUACCUGUAACUUAACACUGUGGAAUGCAGCACCUCUGUUGGCUGAAUGUACAAAACAAUCUGCCUAAACCAGUCCCUUUGUUCACAUUUAAAUGUGUAAAUAAAUCAAGCUUUACAGUAUUGGACUAUGAAGAUAACUGCUUAAUUUUCAUAAGCAAUAUUGCAUGUCUGUUUAAUUCUAUUUGUCUUUCAGGUGAGACUUUGGAAAUGAAACUUAAUAAAAGAUUGUGGU